AUGAAGGUAGCCACUCUUCUUCUUUUGGCCUGCGCGAGUUCAGAUCUCGCGCUGGGAACCGGCACCUUCAGCACCAAAACCGUGUUGAAUGUUUGCAAAACAAAACUCGGGCCCACGGCGAAGAACCCAGUUCCCACCACUUCGCGGUAUCUGACCAUCCCUUCGGUGGCGAAACUAUGGAUCACCAGCACGCCUUCCACGACUGUUACUCCAGCACCAGUCACGGAUACUAUAACGGACGUGGUUACAGAUACCCAGACGACGACUGCAACUCAGAUCACUGAUACUGUCACGGAAACAUUCGUCAGUACAACCACUGCGAUUGAGGAGAUGACGACAAUCAUCACCUCUUCGGUCAUCAGCACAGUUGUUAGCACCACUACCUCGACUACAACCAUUGCAGCACCUGUCGGCUUCAUUCCGAUUCAGUCAAUGAUCCCAAACUCUAUGAAGAAGCGCAAGUCAUUGCAAAUCGAGAAGAAAGACCCCGUUGCCGAACAAGCACGAGGGACGAAGAACGGGUUCAGAGGCGGACCGACGCAGUACCCGGUCAACGUCAACUGCGGAGGCAUUGUCGCCGUCAUAACUACAAAGACCAGCACGGUCACUGCGAAGAAGACGACGACCAUCACUGCUCCUACACCGACUUCCACCAACAGCAUUACCAGCACUGCAACAGCAACCAUCACUGACUUCGUUCCCAACGCAGUCGUUACCAACACUGUCACAUUAUUUACGGAAGUGACCUCCACCUCCACAAUAUCAGUCUUCACGACAACCACUUCAACCACCACAAUCGUCGCCGAAGCCCCCGCCGCGACGUUCUACGCCGCCUGCUCCCCAAACAACAUUGUGAACACAAUAAACGGACAGACCAUCAGCGCAGGCACUUACAACACAGAUAAUUUUGGCCUCAGCUUGGCCAACGCGGCCUCGCCUGACACUGAAAACGGGGACGUGCAGUCAAAAUAA